ACGAAAACCUGUGGCCGAAAACUUUCGAGUCCAAGUACAAACAUCCCAAGUAUUUUAUAUUUUAUGAUUUCGUAAAUCUUGUUUAUUUUCGCAAUGGACGAUAUUUGUCGUCUUUGUUGCUCUAACAAAUUUGUAAAUAACUACAUAUUUGACGAAGAAAAGGCGUUGUUUUCAAAAAUGUCUAUGUAUUUGCCAAUAAAGGUGGUCAAAAAUGAUCCUUUACCGAAGAAAAUUUGUGACAAAUGUAGCUGCAAAGUCAAUGAUUUCUAUCAGUUUUGUAAUGAAACAAUCGAAGUCGAAAACAGACUCAGAAAAAUGCUAUCCCUGCAGUUAGCUAUAACUGUACCAAAUCCUGUAAGAAAUACACUAAAUUUAUGUACUAAAACUACUGGUUAUCUAAAAAAUGAACAAAGUACUCAGACAGAUGAAGAAUUUCAGAUAAAGGUAAAAACUGAACCACUGCAGUCACCCAUAGUCAUAAAACAGGAGUCUGAUUCAAAUGAUGACAGUUUCGAUCACAAUGCCUCAGACAGCGAUGAUAAUCUACUUAUAGAGAUUAAGAAAAAUAAAAAUCCAAAAGAAGAAAAUGAAAGAAAUGGCCAUGCUCAAUCUGUACAAAAGAAAAACCAUGCUAUGUUACAUGCAGAAUUCUUUGAUAUGAAUUUAAAGGACAACAUUAAUUUAGAAAUAGUUAAAGAUGAAUCUGAUGAUGGAUUUGAUAAUAUGGAUUUUGAUAAGGAAGUUUAUAACUGUUGUAUAUGUUUUGUUAAGUGUGAGACAAAAAGUGAUAUGAUUCAACAUUACAAGAGUCAUGUUGAUCAAACACAAGAUAUGAAGCCACCAGCUGCUCCACCAUUCCCAGCUGAAGGUAGAUGUGAAAGAUGUCGGAAAGUAGUGCGAAAUCAGAAAGCAUGGCGUACACACUGGCAGCGUCAUUGGAAACGGGACAGACGACCUUACAGAUGUACGCUGUGCGAGAAGUCAUUUCAAGGUCAUCAGCAAAUAUUGAAACACGGUCUAAUACAUAAACAAGACUUUGAAAACCCAAAUCAACAACCCAGCAAGCCCGUAAAGAGAUUUGUAUGUGACCUAUGUCCUGAAGGAUUCGUUUAUAUGAGAUGUCUCCUGGCGCAUCGCAAUAGCACACAUCCCGAGGCCUCGUCUCGCGAACUGGCUUUGCGGUGUGCGCUUUGCAGUCGGUCCUUUACGCAUCUCAACUCGUUGAGGAGGCAUCUGAGAUCGCACUCGGGCGAUCGGAAUUACCUUUGCAAUGUAUGCGGCAAGUCACUCACGUCCAGGGAACAUCUGAAGUUCCAUAUACGGAUUCAUACGGGAUACAAACCCAAUGUUUGCAAAACUUGUGGCAAAGGCUUCGUGAAGAAAUGCAACCUGACGCUACAUGAGAGGGUACACUCAGGUGAAAAACCCUAUGUCUGCUCGCACUGUGGAAAAGCAUUUUCACAGCGAUCCACGCUCGUCAUACACGAAAGGUACCACAGCGGCGCUCGGCCGUACAAGUGUGGGGUUUGUGGGCGUGGCUUUGUGGCCAAGGGCCUGCUGUCGAUGCACUUGAAGACUUCGUGUGUGGACCUCCCAGCGCCAACUGGAAGAGAAAUGCAUUCGCCGAAAGUCGAAAGAGUUGAUCCUAGGUUGUUGGAGCAUUAAAAUGCUAAAAUACUUAUUGCAUAAGUGUUAUUUUUUAAUUUAAGUUUUAAAGUUCCUUGUAUAUGAAGCAUGUAUAGAAAUAAUACGAAAAGAAACUUCAAUUUUCAUGUAAGUAGCACAUUUUGAUUAAAUAAAUAUUUUAAUUAAGCGACAUCUGUUGGCCUAUAUCAGUUACUAAAGUGUUUUAAAUGGGUUUAGGAGUAUGGUUUAUGUUACCGUUAGGGGCAGUCUUUUAAUACAAAUAUGUCAAUGAUAAUUAUGUCUAUGAUAAAAGAUAUAUUUUUUAUGUAUAAAAUAUAUCGGCACGUAAGUUGGAAAAAUUUUGUAACCCAAAUUUUGCAAUAUGAGGGUAGUAUAAAAUAAUUUUAAAAGGUUUUUGGAGAGUGUGUUUAUAGCGAGAACAUUGUAACUGUGUACAUGUCGCAGUAAAGUCGUUAAAUCAGAGAGUUAAUUGAUUCUCUAGACAGUUAAUUGAAUAUCAAUAUUCAAUUAACUCUCUGAUUUAACUACUUUACUGCGACAUAUAUAGAAAAACACGGACUGCGAGAAAGUUCACUCGCCAAAGCAACAUUUAGAAAAUCUACCAAAACCCAUCUCACCUCCUCUAAAAUUAUGAUUAUAUUUUUACGUUUCAUUGUAACUUCAUUGUAAAAAAUAUAAUUCUAAUUAAUACAAUCUGCUCUGUAUAGUCUCAAUAUACAUAUAUUUAUUCAUUAAUAAUUUUUGAGAAGAGAAACCUUUCAUAAUGCUAAGUUAAUGUUUUUUUUUAAUAUUGUAUUAGCAUAUUUAUGUCUGUAUACAUUUAGUAUAUUUUUAUAAAAACGUACUUCUAGUACUAAUGACCAUCUGCCUGUAAGUUUCUCAAACUCAAAUUUUGGAGUUGUUUACACCAUUUCACUUCCGUUUUAUCAUCAAAGUUUUCCUGAUAAUAUUAUAAAUAUAGUUUUAUUUAAUUCCAUAAAAAAUACAAAUAUGCAACAGAAGAUAUGAGAGUGAUAAAAAAAUCUACCUCUUUAAAAGUUUGUACCAAAAACGAAAAAUUUUUUAGAACAUUUCUCUCUUUCUCUCACAUUGUGUAAUGAUAUAACUAUCCUGCUUGAAAUGUUAGUGAAGGUUUAAUGUUAUAAUUGAGAUAUGUGAAUAUGCUGGAAUCAAUUUGGUCUUCCUGUAUUCGUGUAAUGGAAAUUUUAAGUUUUUCUGGAAUUAAACUUUUACAAUUAAUUAUGAUUUAAAAUCCUGUGUUGUGAUUAUAUAUAUCUAUAUUUAUGCAAAAAACAGUUCUUUUGGGUCUGUCUUUUGACCAACUGCGGAAUUGCAUACGAUUUCACCAAUACAGUAAUUAAUGAGUUGAUUGUCUUUUAUUAACAUAGUUUUUUCACAUUUAAAGAAAACAAUUUUUUACCGGAUUGAAGCUGAGUAAAGCACGCGAAACGUCGGAUAAAUUUAAAAUUAUGUUAAAUAAUUAUAAGUAAUACAAUAAAAAUAGUUUUUCAAUCCGGUAAAAAAUUGUUUUCUUUAAUGAGGAUAUUACUACUACCGAAGGAUUAAGUAAUAAAUACAACUUGUAUAUUUUUAUUAUUCAAUCAAAUAAAAAUAAUUUAAGCAUAUUUAUUGUAUUUUACGUGCACAAAUUUUGUUCAAAGACGAGUGAAUUUAUGAAUUGAAAUGUGUAAUGUUACUUGUGAAAUAUUCCAAUUAUAUAAAUAGUAAAGUAUUUAUAGACGACUGUUUUUAAUCGUACCUAUAGGAGAAAGAAAAUUGACAAAUAUGUUUCACAAUUAUGAUUUGUAAUGUGUUAAUAGUUACACAUCGUAAUACGUAACUUCUAAAAGUUAGUCUAACUUGACUAUGUAAAUAGUUUACUUCGAAUCAAUAAAAUUAGUAUAUAUUUUAAUUACCUGCCAAUUAAUUUAAAUUAAAUAUCGUAAAUCGUGAAAAAAACAAUAAUGUAUUAAUAUGAAGUGCCUGAUGUGUCAUAGUUAUAAUUUUUCACUGAUAAAAGCACAUUCACCAUU